AAAAAAAUUAAAACGGAAACUGAAAUCAUUGAUUCGGUGGGCUAAUUUCUUCGGUUCGAUUUAUCGGUUUCAUUUGCUCGCUCUCACGCGCAAGGCUCGACCUAAUAAGACCACAUCGUUUAAUGGACCGACUCGGUUUUAUUCGAAAUUCACUGCCGGUGAGAGACUGAUCCGAGUCAAAAACAUUUGCGAGGCAGAAGCAAAAGCCGUUAGAGCGGUUGAUUCAGCCUUUUGUUCCCUCAGAAACAUAAAAAAGAGAAAAUUCAAACUUCGCGAAAAAAGAAAAGCACAACAAAAAAUUACAGAAGCAGAGGAAUCCAAUUCAUAAAAACUGUUUAUCAAAGUUGCAAAGGAUUAUUCAAUUCCCUCCAUAUGUCGAUUGCCACAUUCAAAGCUUUGAAAGAAACCCUAAAACCAUGUAAAUCAACAUCAAAAUCCCCAUUUUUGACCGAGGAAUCAUCUCAAGAACCAGAACCCACAAUUGUAAUCCCAAGAAAGCCUCCAAAAUCUAAUCUUUCCCAACAGCUUCAACGUCUUGGAGACUUCUAUUUAUCACUACCACAUCAACAAUCUCAAUCACAAAUCUCACUAACCCCACAAACGCAGAAGCCGCAAAGUCUUAAACUUCAAAUCCAAGUUGAAAAAAAUGGAAAAGAAGAAGAUAAAGAGAGAGAAUUCGAGGAUUUUGAGAGACCCAAAUUGGGUCAAUUUCAGUUUGAUCAUACAGGGCCCUUUGAGCCAUUACUUCUGUCUUUGCCUGGAGAAGUACCAAUUGUACAGGUUCCUGCUUCCAUUAACUGUAGGUUGCUUGAACAUCAAAGGGAGGGAGUAAAGUUCUUAUAUAAGCUAUAUAGAAACAAUCAUGGAGGUGUUCUUGGUGAUGACAUGGGGCUGGGCAAGACCAUUCAGACAAUAGCCUUCCUGGCUGCUGUUUAUGGAAAGGAUGGAGAAUCUACUGACUCCACUAUGUUAAGGGAUAAUCAGGUAAGGAAACAAGGCCCCGUACUAAUAGUUUGCCCCACUUCUGUUAUCCAGAACUGGGAGAUUGAAUUGUCUAGGUGGGCCACCUUUAAUGUUUCUCUCUACCAUGGUGCAAACCGCGAUUUGAUUCGUGAGAAAUUAGAUGCAGGUGGAGUUGAGAUUCUGAUCACGAGUUUUGACACGUACAGAAUUCAUGGGAACAUUUUGUCAGAAUUUAAAUGGGAGAUUGUAAUUGUUGAUGAGGCACAUCGGCUUAAAAACGAGAAGUCAAAACUUUAUGAAGCAUGUUUAGAAAUUAAGACACAGAAACGAAUUGGUCUAACAGGAACCAUAAUGCAAAACAAAAUUAUGGAACUUUUUAAUCUUUUUGACUGGGUUGCACCUGGAUCAUUGGGAACACGGGAACAUUUUAGGGAGUUCUAUGAUGAACCUCUCAAGCAUGGCCAGAGGGCAACUGCACCUGAAAGAUUUGUUCGAGUUGCUGAUGAGCGUAAAGGGCACUUGGUGGCAGUCCUUGGUAAAUAUAUGCUUAGGAGGACAAAGGAGGAGACCAUUGGCCAUCUUAUGUUGGGAAAGGAAGAUAAUGUUGUAUUCUGUGCAAUGAGUGAAUUACAAAAACGGGUUUACAAGAGAAUGCUACAAAUACCAGACAUCCAGUGCCUUAUAAAUAAGGACCUUCCAUGCAGUUGUGGUAGCCCCCUUAGACAAGUGGAAUGCUGUAAAAGGAUUGUGCCUGACGGGAUUAUAUGGCCUUAUCUUCACAGGGAUAACCCUGAAGGUUGCGAUUCAUGCCCCUUUUGCCUUGUUCUUCCCUGUCUUGUCAAGCUCCAACAGAUAAGCAAUCACCUGGAGCUGAUUAAGCCUAACCCUAGGGAUGAACCGGAUAAACAAAGGAAGGAUGCAGAAUUUGCCUCUGCAGUAUUUGGUCCUGACAUUGAUUUGGUUGGGGGGAAUGCCCAGACUGAGAGUUUCAUGGGCCUGAGUGAUGUUAAACAUUGUGGAAAAAUGCGGGCACUGGAAAAGUUAAUGUGCUCUUGGGCGUCACGAGGUGACAAACUACUUCUCUUCAGCUAUUCUGUCAGGAUGCUGGACAUACUUGAAAAGUUUGUCAUACGCAAAGGAUAUAGCUUUUCAAGACUUGAUGGUUCAACUCCAACUAACUUGCGUCAAUCUAUGGUCGACGACUUCAAUUCAAGCCCAAGCAAACAGGUGUUCCUUAUAUCAACUCGAGCUGGUGGGCUUGGGUUGAAUCUUGUAAGUGCAAACCGUGUGGUUAUAUUUGAUCCAAACUGGAAUCCUGCAUAUGAUUUGCAGGCCCAGGACAGGUCAUUUCGUUUUGGGCAGAAGCGGCAUGUUGUAGUGUUCCGUUUACUUGCAGCUGGGUCCUUUGAGGAACUUGUUUAUUCCCGUCAAGUUUACAAACAGCAGCUGUCAAAUAUUGCUGUUUCUGGCAAGAUGGAAAAACGUUAUUUUGAAGGUGUCCAGGAUUCGAAACAUUUUCAGGGCGAGCUUUUCGGAAUCGCUAAUCUGUUCCGUGAUCUAUCUGAUAAGCUUUUUACUAGUGAAAUUAUUGAAUUACAUGAGAAACAGGGAAAAGAUGAUGGACAUUCCUCUGUUACAAAGCAGGCGCUAGCUGAGAUUGGGAGCUAUUUUCUUCCCCAGAAACAAGUAGGUGCAGCAAUUUUAUCAGGGAGAGAAACCAAUAGACUGAGAGACGAUGACUGUGCUGCAGCACAUAAACCUGUGCUAGAGGAUUCAGGUAUUUUAUAUGCUCACCGUAAUGAGGACAUCAUCAAUCUUGGACCUGGCAUGAGGAAGAAAAAUGCAGUAAGCAUUCCCCAAAAUGUCAAAGACCGGAAAAAGACCCAGUAUAGCCGCCUUGCGCAAUUCAUGGGCAUGGAUGAGAUUGACUUUAGUAAGUGGAUACUCUCUGCAAGUCCUUUAGAAAGAGAGAAUGUACUUCAAAAAUUCAAAAAGAGAAAGAACAAGUUACCUGAUGGUUGAAGGAUAAGCUGAUUUUCAGACUUUUAACAACUGUAUAUAUUGUAUCAUGUUUCUUUCUAAAUUUUGGCUCUGAGAAUGCCCAAUUCAUUUUAUUUCUUGUACAGUACUGUAACUCACUCUAGUAGCAUGAAAAAAUAGGUGUACAGUGUGCUUACAAUGUAAUACAUAGUAGUUUCAGGUCUUAAGCGACAAUUGUAUGAUCAGUUCAGUUGAAUUUCUAUAGAUGUUAUGGAGUUUUGGUGGAU